AGCUGUUCCAGGCGCCGGUGCUGAGAGUGAUGGGCCCAGGGGAGACCCGCGGCGCCGGCCACCGCGGGGUGGUCCUGCGCUGCGAGACGCGCCUGCACCAGCAGAAGAGCGACACGCCGCUGCAAUUCGCUUUCUACAAGUACAGUCGCCCGGUGCGCCGCUUCGACUGGGGCGCCGAGUACACGGUCCCAGAGCCCGAGGUCGAGGAGCUCGAAUCGUACUGGUGCGAGGCGGCCACCGCCACCCGCAGCGUGCGGAAACGCAGCCCGUGGCUGCAGCUCCCGGGCCGGG